AUAGCAACAUUCCCGUAGCUUACGCUAUGGCCGCUUAGUCAAAGUUUAUAUCUCUUAUUUAUGUUAAUUUGAAGGUAUGUUGUUGAAAUUUACUUUGCAAAAUAAAUUUUUCAUCUGAUCUAUAUUAAUUGUUGUCACGUUAAAAAUAAUUUCAAGACUUUUCCAUUUUUAAGGCGUGUAAAUUGUUAAUAAGAAAGAUGAGUAGAUGAGAUAAUAUAUCAUUUCAUAAAUUCAUAAAUUAUUGAUACUUAUACUAUACUAUACUAGAAUUUUUUUUAAAAUUCUUAACUAAAGCUAUUUAUACUGUAGUCUGUACUGUACUAUAAUAUAAAUUCAGAUUUCAAUAUUCAAUAUAAUAUCAAUUAUAUAUUGAUAAUAUAUUAUAAUAUUAUUAUUAUAUUGUUAAUUAUUAUCAUUAUUAGUAUGAGUAUGAGGGGCUAUACUAAUACUAAUACUGAUACUAUGAUUAUCUGUGGUUGAUUAUUAUUAUAUUUUUUUUUUUAAUAGUCAAAGUCAAUGUCUUUAUUUCAUUAACUAUGAUUAACUACUAACAAAUCAACAGUUUUCGCACUUUGUUGACUUAUUUACUAUCGAUUCAACUACAAUAACUAUUAUUAAAUAAUGUUUUUAUCUUUUCUUAAGUAUCUUAUAGUCUUAGUCUUAGUCGACUUAGUUAGUCUUUGCACAAUUUUAAACAUUAUAUUAUAUAAUAUAAUAAUAUAUCUCACACUUAAACACUUACACUUAAACUUCUGACUCUUAGUCUUAGUCUUAGUUUAGUUAGAAAGAAUUGAGUAUUGUUAGUUUAUAUAUUUCCUUGAUUAGUAAUACAAACUAAAACAAAAAUUAUAUAUUAUAUAUUAUUAGAUGUUUAUUUAUUUGUUUGUUCAACAGACUGUUUACAGAUGCAUUGAUUUAUUAUUUGGGAAACAUGGCUAGCAACCUACCAAUAAGAGCAAGCUGGGGAAUGCUUUUUCCCUGUGCUACAGGGGUGCAAAUGCCCCAUAUUGGUGGAGCAGAGGAUGCCAAGAUCAAGGCUUUUUUAGGAAAAAAUCAAAUGGGGAAUCAACUUCCCAUGACAAUCAUCAAUCAAGAUAAGAAUCCAGUUUGCAGGAAAUAUGUUAAAAUGAUUAGCUCAGAUAUAUCAUUUACAGAUGAUGUUAUUGAAGACAGAUGCCUUCAUAUGAUGCCUUAUAACCAAAAAUAUUUUGAAAAUGUUUUUAACCCAACUAAAAUAAUAGGAAAACGAAAACUUGGAAAAAGAUCUAAAAGCAGUUUAGAUAUUCCACUGGCUCCAAGAGCUUUAAAGGAAAAGACAAACCCACAGACAUUAGCUCCAUUACAGAAGAAUGUGAAAGAAAAAGCAAUUCAGCUUCACCAGCAAGCACUUACUUUUUCACCAAAUUACAAAAAAUCUAAAAAUACUGACAAUGAUACAUUAAAAAAUGCAGCACAGUUUUUCUUGACUGAAACAACUGAUGAAGGAGUGCAUAAAGCACCAAAGCUAAAGCCACUUGAACAACCAAGAUCAUCAAAAACAAAAGACAAUACUAGAGAAAUACACUUACAGGCUUGUGCUGACAACAUUCCUGUGAUCAGACAAAAACCCACAAUGUCUGCAGAAACAACAGAAUUUAAAAAAGAUUUAGUUGAACUUGAUGGUAAAUCUACUCAUAAUCAAGAGGAGGCAAACCAUGACUGGGAUGAUUAUUUAUUAUCAGGAUUAAGUCAGUUGACAGCCAAUUGGAUUGUACAUGAGUGUAUGCCUCCUGAUAAACAGAAAGAAAAGCUGACAGGUUUGCUUGAAUCCUGGUAUGGACCACCAACCCAUACUGAUCUUGUCAGGGAAGAGUUGAGUGACAGUGAGGAGAGUAAAGAGAUUGAAAAGCCAAAGAAAAAGUGGGAGAAAAAGGAAGCUAGGUAAAUUAUUAAAUUAUUUUUGUACGGUAUAUGUGUUGAUGUAAUUUAAAAUUCAUUUCACAAUCUCAUAAAUGAAAACAGGUUAGCUGCACUAGGAAAUUACUUUAAUAAAUGUGUAUUUGAAAAGGAGUCAUUUAUUUUCCAAAACAUGUAACAUGACUAAAUACUUCAGUCGCAUAUUUGUCUGUGUAUUAGCUCACAUUAUCCGUUGAAAGGUGUUUCCAGGAUAACUUAAUAUUACUAUUUAUAUUAAUAGUUUUGUUAAUUGUUAGCCUGUACACUAUGACUACUUAUAUUUCAAUCUUUAAAAUAAUAUUGCAGUAUCAACAAAAUUCUACAAUUAUCCUUAGAUUGCUCUCAGUUAUUGGAAGUGCAGAACCACUAUCAAAUAAGGCAUUAGAUCCAUAUUCAGAUGAAAACAAAGCCCCAUUUUAUAGACAGCCAGCAGGAAUUAGAAAUAAGAGAAGAGUAGAGAUCAAAGAGGAAGAAGGUUUGUACCAUGAAUUCCAUUGUAGCCUAUUUUGAAAGCAACAAAAGACAUUUUCUAAUGCUCUUUUGUUAAGUUUGUUGUUGUGUCUGGGUUUUUUUUUAAUUUAAAUCCAAAUGUGUGCUACAACCAUUUAUAUCUCAGUAAUGUAACUAUGAAAGUAGACAAUUUAAAAUUAAUUUUUUUUUUUUUUUUAAUAUUCAGCACAGUUUUCUGAAUUGUAAAUUUAAUUUAUCUAUCCUUUUAAUUAAUUCUUGAAAAAUAAUGGAUUUCAUUUACAAUGGCUUUUCUCUUGUGGUAUUAAAAAUUCAAUUUUAAAUACUAAAGUUGCAUGUAAAACUGCUAAGCAACAUCUUUGGUUGUGAGGCUUUUUAUUAUGCUGUUCAAUGUUAAAGCAAAUAUUUGUGGAAAUGACAACAACAAAAAUAACAAACAAAUAGAGUGGAACCUCUCAUAACAAGCAUAAUUAGUUCCAGACUCUUACUCGUCAAGCGAAACACUCCUUAAACGAAACAAUUUUUCCCAUACAAAUCAAUGUAAAAUAUGAUAAUGCGUUCCAAGCUGAAAAAAUACUCAUUUUUUAAAAAUUUUAUUAACAUUUAUUCAAAUUAAAUUACUUAUGAAUUGUUAAUGAGUGUAACAACUUGGAAUACAAUUUAGAUUUGAAACAAACAACUUAAAUAAAAAUAUGAAUGUAUGACAAAUAAUCAAUCCUUUUUAACUAGAAAACUGUCUAAAGACAUUAAACCUUUUUUUUUUGCUGACACUUCAAAAUUUGACGAAAAUGUGUCACAGCAUUAUCAUUGAAUAAAUAUGUAGCACGAAUAGCCACCUCCUUAUUAGGGUGAUGCUUCUCAAUGUAUGAUGCAACAGUUUCCCAUGCUUUCAGCAUUUCGCUUAUUGCGGUAGAAGAUUGUUGCUCUGCUACUUCUUCCUCCAUUAAUGAGCGGCCAAUGACACAAUCUCGUUAACUGUAGACUCCACAGGUACUGUUUCAAAAUCACAUUUAACAACACUCUCUGGCCAAAGUUUUUUCCAAGCAGAAGUGAUGGAAAAAGGGACUUCCCCUUUCUGCGUAACUCGUUAUGCGAAAUGUUGCUCGUUAAGGGAGCAACUUCUUCACAUUUUUUUUGCUCAUUAUGCGAAUUACUCGUUAUGAGAGGUGCUUGUUAUGAGAGGUUCCACUGUACUGCCAAGAGACAUCAGAAUAGUGGAACAUUUAAAAUAGAUUUUUUUUAAAGGAAAUAACAUACAAAAUAAACGGUUCAACUAUUAUUUUGUAAUAGGUGACUGUAAAAGCGCAUAAGUAAUUUUAAAUUAGAUAACUAAUUUUUGCCACCAUGCAUUGUUUACAAAGUGAGUAGACAUAUAAUAUUUGUAAAAAAUAUAUUAUAUUUUAAGGUUUGAUAAAUUCAACUGCCCAGAUUACCAUCAAAGAGCGAUGUGAAUCACCACAACGAACACUAAAAGAUUUCCUAAGUUCUCGCGUAGGUGACAAGAUCUAUCAAACAAACGAUCUUUUCCAGCAGGAGUGGCUUAUGGGUAAGGAUUCCUGCAAUUAUUUCAUUUUAUGCUAAGAAAUUUGUUACAUUUUAAAAUGAAAUUGUAAAAUUUUAGAAUAAGAUAUCUUGUAAGAAUGUAUUUUUAAUUCUUGUUUCACAUAUAUUUUGUAACUUAUAACAUUUCUGAGCUGCUUUCAUUUUAUUUCUUCAAUAAUGUCAUUCAAAACUUGCAAUAUCUUCAAAGUUCACAUUUUUAAAACCAACUAUUGAAAUUAAAUCCAUGUUAUCUGUGUUUCUUUCAGAAAUUUUCCCCCUGGAGGGCACUUCAGAUUUUCGGGUCCAGCAGUUCCAGCAGUUCCAGUUGAUUUAUUGUUGGACAUAAAUUUGCUCCAGGGCGCACUUGGCUUUCUCCGGAGAUAUAGCUGAAAGAAACCCUUCAUGUUAUAACAAAUCAACAUUUUUAAUUCAUAAGAUGUUUUGCUUUUUGAGCUUGAAAACAGCAAAGUUUCACCACCAAUUAAUUGGGAUUUAUUUAAUUUGGGAUAAGUAAAACUGUGGAUAACUUAAAGAUCUUUUGUUCAAUAUCUGUUUUGCUAUCUAAAAGACAAUUAAAAUUAUCUGUAUUGGUCAAAUUAAAAUAUUCACAUUAGUUUAGAGGAACAGUUUACACACAAUCUAUGUCAUGAGUUUUGAAACUGGUUUAAUUCAAAUCUCCACCAUUAUUUACUUCAUUUUAUUAGCAGUGAUUUUUAUGUGACUUCUUGUUCUAUUUAUAAUUGCUUUUUUCAUAUUAUUUAUUAAUCAUUGUUUUCAACUACCGGUACCUUAAGUGGACACUCAAUUACCUAAAAGUGUUAAUUUAAUCAAACAGAAUGCAUUUCCCUCUCUGUACUUUUCAAUUUUUGUGUGGUCUAUUGAUGGAAAGCUUCUGUUAACAAUUCAAUAACUGACUUAUUUUCUGUCAUCUUGAGUGGGCAACACUCACCCCUCCCCCAGUCUCUCCAGUCAACUCAAGUACACCACAGACUUUUUACCUUCUUAAUUUUGGUUAGGAAAUAGACAAGUCUACACUAUUGGUGGUGAUCCCGAUGUUAUCAAGAUGGAGACAGAUCACAAAUACAGAAAACAUCUACAGCAAGAGUUUCCAAAGAAACCUGACAUUUGGUACCCGCCAUCCUCAGAGGCAGCACAGAAAGGAAAGUCUUUGUCCCUCCCAGCGGUUGGACAUCAAAGAUGGACAAGCUUGCCUGAGCUUAUUGAUGUUGGUUUUUAUAGUUAAAGUCAAAUUGGGAAAUUUUCCCAUAAUAAAAAUAAUAUUAAUUACAGGCCUAUUGCCUGUUACAAAGUCCAUUGUGAAUAUUGUGAACAUGCAAAAGUGGAUAGAUCCUCUUUUUCCAAGUGUUUGAUUAAUUACUACGAAGCAAAAGCAAUAUCUUUUAUUCCUAAAGACUGAACCAGGCUUCCAAUUCUUAAUUUCUUUUUUCUCAUUUUUUAAUUAUGUAUGAGUGACAAUAAAAUUGAUUUUAAGAAAAAUCCAUACAUAUUCAUUUAAGCAUCUUUUAUAAUUUAGUGUUAAAAAUGUAAAAAAAAAAAUUUUUAUUUUAAUUCAUCAAACUUUAUAUCGUUACCAGGAUUCUGCAGGGACAAUGAUUAAAACAUCAAUUGAUGCUGAAUCAGUUCAGCACAAAACAACAAACUCUAAUGAACUUCAAAGUGUAAAACAGAACAAUGCACUUUUGACCAUAGGUCAGUGUACUUUAAUGUAAUUAAUUGUAUUUUUGAAAAAGUAGGUUUAAAUUUAAGUCAAUCAGAUUUUUAAACAGCGAAACCUUUGAUUCACCUCCAAGUCAAUAGUUUUAACGCACUGUCUAUAAAAGAAGUCUGAGAAGGCUAUAACAAAUUUAUUUACUUUCAUUUCGCAAAAGCUGAACUCAAUAACUGAAUUUAAAUUUUUAGGUCAUUUUUUACCAACAUUUUGUCCUAUUACCCUCUUUUUACCCCAAGAAUCAAUGUCAUGACUUACAACAACCUUAUUUUCAACUGUUAAAUUUUUAAAGCAUAAAUUUAGGGAAAAUACUCAGAGACCAAAUCAUAAUACAUUUUUUACAAUUAUUUUGAUAGUUUUCGCAGAAGGGGGAAUAUUUUUCAUAUGUGUUAAUUGUUUGAAUUUUUAAACAAGAAGUGGAAGAUAACAUUGUCUUCGAAAAGUUUCUAAAAAGUCUCUAUGACUGUGAAUGUUUUCCCCUGCAGCACAUGAUUGGCGCAGUCAGUGGUUUUUGAGUGGUCAGUUUGCUGACAGUAACCCAGAUGAUCUCCUGAGAGACAUGACAGACAUUCAGCCACAUGUCAGAGUCAAAGCCAUCAGUACAUUAGCAAAGGCAAGACUGUGAUUUUGUAUGACUUGUUAAAAAAAAUAUUUAUCUGAUGUUAGCAAUUCAAGCCAUUUCCAAUAUUCUUGUAGAUCCCUGUAGUUUAUUUGCUGGAUCAAAGUAACAAUGUCAUUUUUUAUCUUGAGUAAUUUUUAUCUUUUUUAAUCAAUAUGUUAGAUUAAUUUGUUUGUUGGAAAGAAUGAUGGUUCAGUUUUAAUUUUCCAUUAGCCCUGGGCACAAAAGUCUUGCUAUUGUAAUUUCAUUAAAAAUAACAGAUUAUGUUAUUUCAAGAAAUUUGUUAAUAAAUUUUUGCACUAAAGAGCUCAUUAAAAAUAAAUAGAAUCGUGAAUUUGAAAGUUGUUGUCUGCUAUACUGGGUAAUAAGAAAUUGAUUUGACAUUGUUUAAUUCCUCAGCCAUAGUUGUAAUUAAACUUUAAUUCCUGCAUUUUAACAGGGUAAUAAUAAUCUGUGCCUUAUAGCGUUGCUGUUGGUAAUUUCACAAUUUCUCUUUUUUAUAUAGGCAGCAGAGCUGAGGCCGAUAGGUGACACAGAUGACCCAGUACAAGACAAGAGGCAGCUUGAUGGCACACAGCUUCCAGAAAAGCUCUUUGUGGCAUUAGAAUUCCUGUUGGAUGAUAGCCAUGAGCAAGUUCGGAAGGCUGCAGCUAUCACUCUUUAUUCUUUAAAGAGACCGAGCAACAAAGUUAGAAGUUCAAAUUUUGUCAUGUUUUUCUUUUUAAUGUAAAAUAUAAAUCAACUAAAGCUGAUAGCAAAUUUAAUCUUUUUGAAGGGAGAAACUUAUUUUCAUUUCUUUACAUGCACUUGGAACCUGUGGUGUAGGAAAGAAAGAGGUGUGUGGAGGGGGCUGACCCGUUUUGUACUUUUUUCUUUAUAUUUAAAGGGUUAUUUUUUCAUGGAAGGGGGGGGGGGGUGGCAAAAAGCAGCACUAAGCCUAGCUGUGCUACUGUUUGGAACCCUUAAUAUAAAAUGGCCUAAUUUUUCAAUGCAGGCAAAGGAAAUGCUUUGGAAAAUGCUGAGGGCCGAAGCAUCCAUAGACAGGUGGGCAGCAGCUCAGUGUCUGGCCCACUAUGGGGAAGCAGACUCUGAUGUUAUCGCAGAAAUCAUCAAACAAAUCUUGUCAUGUGAGGAUGUCAUUAAAUACGAACAGGGCAUCCACUUACUGUCAAAGCUAAGCAAUUAUUGUGUAAGCUGCGCAAAUAUAUUUUAGAGUUAACUCCCUUUUAAAUAAGCCUCACUUCUUUCUAAAAUAGACCAAAAUUCAAAAUUUUAUUUUUAUAAUUUGGUUUAAAAUUAACAGAUUCAUGCUUGAUCUUAUUUUGUUAAUGGAUUUUCUAACAUUUAUUAACUGAGAAUGUUAUUGCAAUGAAUUUUAACAUCUUUUCACUUAUAACAAAAUGAACAUAUUUUAAAUUGUCUCGAUUUUAGUAAAAGAUAACAUAACAUUUUUUUUUUUCUAAUAAAUAGUUAAAGUAAACAUAAUAUUUUUCCAUAGACUUUAGCCCACUGUAUGGUUGCUGAACAACUCAACAGCAGCAGCUGGAGGCAUCGUGUCAUGGCUUGUAAAAUUUUACCUACUUUGUUUGGAUCCAUUAAUCGAGUAAGUCACAAAGUUAGAUAAAGACUCAGUUAAUAGUCCCAAAGAGGUGUGGAUUGAUAGGCUUGUUUCUUAUGUUCUUACAACAAAGAUACUUCUCCACCUCCUUGACAGAAAUGCCCGAUAAUUUAGCAUCAAAGAGUUUAAAUAAAGUUUCAUCACAUACACCAAUUUUAUUGUUUAGUUUAUCCUUUGACUUGUAUUGUAUAACUCUUCGCUUUCGCUAUUUGUCAGAUGUGGCCCAGCUGUGAACAUCUUGGUUUAACUACAAGCUAUGUUAUGCUUUUAAUUAUUAUGAUUGAAGCCAUAUACAUAAAGAAUAUUUAUUAGUGACAAAUUGAUACAAUAUUAUUGCAUACAGUUACACAUGUUUUGACUGUCAAAGGAUUCAACUAAAAUAUGCAUUUCUUUUAUUUAUCUUCAAUAAUGCUUCAUCCUUCUUCAAAAACUUGCAUCUUGGUGUCUUUGUUAUUUCAUAUGAAAUAAGGACAAAAGGGCAUGAAAAAUAUGAACAUGAAAAAUAUGCCUACUUGUUUAUUUGAGUUUAAGGAAAUGGAAGACUGGCUUAUGGAAGCUUAAUUAGAAAGACAGGAUAAUAAAAGAAGAACGUUUUGGCUAAAGUUUAUUAAACAGGUAACUUUUUUGUAGCUGCAUAUUGUGAAAUUUUAAAAAUACAAAAAAAACUUAGCUGAUUUUUUUUUUUAAGUAAAAUAAAUUUGCAUCUCCAGGACAUUAGCCAGAAACUUUCAGAUCUGAUGUGGCAUGAUUGGCAUGAGGAAGUACGUAAAGCAGCCGCCCAAUGCUUGGGCAAAGCUGGUCAUGGCAGGGAUGUCCAUGACAACAUCCGUCAUAAAAUAUUGACUGGCACAGAGAGACACAAAGUGGAGGCCAUCAAUAAGCUGGGUCAACUGGGUCAGUUUAUCUGAUACAUUUAGUGAUACGGCUUUUAUCUCAGUUUAUCUGAUACAUAUAGUGAUACGGCUUUUAUCUCAGUUUAUCAAAAACAUAUAGUGAUAUCUCUUCUAACUUAGUUUAUCUGAUACAUACAGUAAAUACCAACAUUUUCCAUGCUGUUUUAUUCUGAAACUUGGAUCUUUUGAUCCAAAAACUCUAUUUUGUAAAUUAUUUUAUUAAAAAAAUGAUCAAUGCACCUAUGUCACUGGUAGAAAUGAAGGUCUGCAACAACAACAAAAAAUAGGUCUGCUUUAGGAGGACUAUUAAAGUUUAAAAUUGCAGCACUUCUGACUGAAAUCAUGAGAUGAACUUAAGAUUAAAAGAAUCUCUUCAAAAAUUAAAAAUAUCUAUAAGUUUCCAUGGUUUGUAAUCAUUGAACUUGUCUUAUUUGCAGGUCUUAUGACAAGUAAACUCCUACCAGCAUUUUUAGAUUGUUUCUCUGAGCCAUAUGUUUCUGUACGCAUUGAAGUUUGUCGAACAUGUGGAAAUCUUCAAAUCAAGGAAGAACAAGUACUCAACAGGCUCGUCCAUUUGGCUGCAUUUGAUCCUAUUUGGCAAGUUAAAGCUCUGGCAAUGCAAGGUGAUUUUUUUUUUUUAUUACAUUUUUUGAGUUGCCCUAUUAAAUUUGUCAUUAUAUCAGUCCCCUUACCGCAUUUGUUGCUUUACAAACCCAAAGACUAUCAGUCUUAUUAUUCAGAAAAAUUGACUUAUACUACUAUAAAAAAAACAUUUGAAGUAAUUAAAGUUUGAGAAAGAAAUAAACUGAAUUGGUUGAGACGUACUAUUAAAUUGGUAGCAAUUGGAACAUUACUAAAUUUCUUUUCAUUGCUUUGAUAAGCUAAGAUUUCAAAAGAGUUUAAAGUAAACAUGCAUUAUUAUUAACCAAUUUAGUUUUUUGAAAAACAUCAGAAAUUAGGACCUGAUCAUUCAUAUUGUUAACCUAAGUUUAAGCUAAGAAGAUUUCAUGUCAAUCACAUUUAUAAUUUUCUACUCCAUCACUAAAAUGGUCCCCCCUAACCAACCUCUUCUACUAUAAUAUAUGACUGUGUCUGAAUCUACUAUCAUACAUGACUGUGUCUGAAUCUACUGUUAUCUUGACUGUACCUGAAUCUACUAUUUUUUAUGAUUGUGUCUGAAUCUACUAUUUUCUAUGGCUGUAUGUGAAUCUACUUCUAUCUAUGGCUUGGUCUGAAUCUACUAUUUUCUGUGGCUGUCUGAAUCUACUAUGGCUUUGUCUGAAACCCAACAUUUUAUUUUAAAAAAGAACAGAAUUUUAUGGAGAUCACUUAAACCAACAAUAAAAUGUUUAUUAAUGAUUGUUUAGAAUCCAUUUCAAAUAUUAACUUAGAUUUGUUAAUAGUUAAUGCUACCCUCAACAACUGAAACCUAUAAUUUUCUGAAACUGUAGCUCUGGGAAAAAUUGGUGAAAUCAAUGAUGACAUCAAGGAAUGCUUGCUUUGGGCCUUAAGAUAUGAGGACCAGGCAGGGGUCAGGGCAGAAGCCUGUCAUUCUUUAAAACUUUUGGAUGUGUCUGAUGACGAUGUCAUUCUGGCACUGCAAGAACGGUUGUUGGUGGAGUCAAACAGCAUGGUUAGAGAGUAAGUACAAACCCACCCAAGCAGAAAUGGAUCAAAACGAUGGAACUAACUUUUUUCCCCUGGUUUAGUUUUAUUUGUUUAUUUAAAAAUCAUUUGAGAAACUAGUUGAUGCUUUCUGCCAUAGAUAAAACAAACCAUGCAAAACUAUAAUUUUAAGUGAAAUAUGUGUGUGGUAAAAUGCAUUGUUGUUUUUCUCUAAGGCAGAAGUGAUCAAUGAUUUUGAUGUUUACGACAUACUAAAAGAAUUACAACCACUCUCAUCAUUCAUUCUCAUCCCCAGUGAGAUGAAGUCUGCUCUGACAAAGUUUGGUGUGAGUGUAUCUGAAGAUAUGGACACAGUCAGACAAAUCAAGGAGGAAAUCAACAAGCUGUGCACAAGGAAUGUCAUCGCAUCCCAGAUCCUGAUUAAUGAGACUGAUGAGACCAGGCGAGAACACCUUGCCCGAAUGGUUUGUCAGACAGAGAAGGAUAUUGAGGUAAUGAAAAUGUGCAGGAUGAUGGAGCUAAUAUAUGCGUGCAAGUACUGAGGUUGUGAAUUUGUGUAGCAUAUUUAGGUACAGUAAUGAAGUUGUGCAAGAAUUUGAUGUAGUGAAAGUAAGCAGGAUAUUGAUUUAGAGAGAGAAUGUGGGCAGGAUGAUGAUGUGAUUACUGACAAUUGAUAAUGCCAAUUAAAUAUAAAAAUAUUGUAACAAAUGUUGAGCUUCAUAUAAUUAUCUGAAAAGGAUUUUCCCAAUUCAAGAGAAAUAUUUUUUUGUAAUCCCAUUUUAACAGAUUAGUACAAAUUCACACAUUUAUUAAAAAAGACAAACAAAUAGACUCAAUGUGUUGACUUAGUGUUAAAAAAACAAAAAGCAACUUGACCCUAAAUUCUACCUAAAAUUGGUUGCUUUUUUUUUUUAACACUAAGUCAACACAUUGAGUCUAUUUGUUUGUCUUUUUUAAUAAAUGUGUGAAUUUGUACUGAUCUGUUAAAAUGGGAUUACAAAAAAAUAUUUCUCUUGAAUUGGGAAAAUCCUUUUCAGAUAAUUAUAUGAAGCGCAACAUAGUUGUUUACCCCAAAUCUGUCAAUUUUCUUGAUGGUUUAAUCCUUUUAAACAAACCAAUUUUUUUUUAUGAUUUAGUCAUUGUAACAUAAAACUAACCAACAAUUUGAACAAUUAAAACAAGUCCCACAUAAUAUUUUCGUCCUUGUUUUUGUAGAUAUUAAAUGACCAGAGAGACAACCUUCUGAGAAAUAUUCGAUCCCAGGCUCAAGGUUCUCUCCCCACUUCUCAUGCUACAACACCUCGACCAAAGCUGAAACUCAGCAGAGAUGGCAGCGGCAGCAGCCCUGAGCCCACCAGUCGGGAAUGUACAGGUUUUACUCCUUUUGCCGAUAAAGAGUUAGAGGCCCUGACUGGCCUCGACAGGAUGGACUCAUCAGUUGGUUCAACUUCAGGAAAGUCUCGGCCCGUCACAGAGCAAUCUCAGUUCUAUGAAACGCAAGAGAGUGACCUUGAGCAGUCGACGGGUCUGGGUGAAAGUCAUUUGCGUUAUGACAGAAUGAGCAGCGACUUGGUGAAAGAAGACAUGGCUGGUGAUCUGAUCCAGGGUCAAAUAUCUAGAGCUCCGACUGGGUCAAAGGUGAGGAGACAAAACCGUGUCAGAGCUUCACCGAGUCAUGAACCAGGGAAAACUGUGGGAGUUCCGCAGUCGGGGUUUACAGAACGGAGGUCAAUUAUGAGCAGGGCGACCUUGAAGGAGCGGAUUCAUGUGGAUGAGGUGAUGGAGGCCAUUUACUCUGACCUGGAGCAGAGGUACAAUGGCAUGGUGGAUGCAUUGGUGGAGGCUGACAGAGGACUUAACACAAGGCAUUCAUCUGAAGGUGAUGGUGUUGUUGAUGGAAGUAAGGGCCAGUUGGAGACUGAGCAUAACCCCAGCAGGGCUGCAGUGAUAGAACACGGAGGAGAUGUAAAUCUAGGUAUUGAGAUUGGGUAUGGUCAAGUUAAAGCUAAGACAGAAGGUCAAAUAGGUGGUGAGGCAGAAGGUGAAGUUAAUGAUGAGACAGGAGGUCAUGUCAUUGGUGAGAUGAGGCAAGUUAUAAGUGAGACAGGGGGCCAAGUUAUUAGUGAGAUGGGGCAAGUUAUAAAUGAAAAUGAUCAAUGUAAUGGUGAGAUAGAAUCUCAUGUGAAUGAGGAGACAGAAGGACAGGUUAUUGGGGAUAUUGAUCACCUUAAAGGUGAAACAGAAGGUUACGUGAUCAGUGAGACAGAAUGUUUUCUUAACAGUGAGAAGGUAGGACUUCAUAAUGGUGAGACAGAAGGUCUUCACAACAGAGAGACAAAAUGUCUUCAUAAUGGUGAGAAAGAAGUUCUUCAUAGUGAUGAUAAAGUAGGUCUUCUUAAUGGAGAGGCAGAAUGUCUUUAAAAUGGUGAGACAGAAGGUCUCCAUAGUAGUAAGACAGAACAUCUUUAUAGAUUGAUGUCAAUAAAAUUGGUGUUCGGGGUUGGUCUUACACAAAUAGAAUCUACAUGUGGGAGUGUUGUUUGAGCAAUCCUAGUAUGUGUCCAUGGAAGGACUAUCAAGAAAUGAGGACAUAUUUAUUGUUAUAAUUCAGUUUUAUCAGAAGGUAAUUCUAAUGUUGUAUAUGUACAUUCAAACUUCUUAUUAAUUACCUAAAUUAUAACAUCAAGUAAUGUACUUGUGACCACCAGAAUUUUUUUGUCUCUGCUCCUCCACCUCCCACCCCACCCCAUGGUCCACUGGCAGGAGGGGGUUGGUGGGGGUACUUGAUUCAAACUUGUAGAAUAUAAAUUAUGUAUGUACUUAAGAAUGUAUACUUGGGCACAAAUUACACUUAACUGAAAAACAAAGGUGUGUGUUUGGGAAGGUGAAGGGGGCCUACAUGAGCUGUACAAAAAUGUCACUAUUAUCUGUACUCUGAAAUAAAGAAUGGAUUUUUUGUUUUCAGGACAUGUUCUUAAUUUCUAAUGAUAUAAAACGGUUAAAGAUGCUGGUUUGUUAUUUAUACAAAUUUAAACUUUUUAAAAAUGUAUCUACAUCUGUGUUAUUUAUGAUUUAUUCCCAAGCCAAAAGACUUAAGUUUGCUUUCAUCGCCAGGACCAGAUUAUACAUCAUAGGCAAACCUAUAAUUUAUAUAAUGUGAUAUAAAACUGAAACAGUCUGUCUCCCAUUUUCAACCCUUUGACCAACUAGUGGUUCCACCAUGCUAUACACUUCUUCACAUGCU